GCAACGACAGCGAAAAACUGAGCCGCGACCGUCCACUGGACCCCGCUGCACAACAAGGACAUGACAACGUUGCUGGACAGCAGGAUGGGAUCACUGCAGAUAGAUUCCAUCUGCUUCUCAGCACAGCAACCACCAGAGAUCUCAGUGCAAGUGAUCAGCAUCUGGAAGACCCCAAAAUCUACAGUCAUUCCACAGAAAACAUGGAUCGUUCCUGCUCGCCUUCCCCGACACUGUCACCAAACUUCCUGAAUGAGAGUUGUAGUAUCGCUCCACUAACUCCAUCACAGUCUCCGAGGAGCGAACACCGGUCCGUCCUGUCACCUCGGUUUGUUGUAGUCGUGGCCAUUGACUUUGGCACCACGUCCAGCGGUUACGCCUUCAGCUUUGUAAAGGACCCAGAAGCGAUUCACAUGAUGAGGAAAUGGGAGGGAGGGGACCCUGGCGUUGCCAACCAGAAAACUCCCACAAGUCUAUUGCUGACUCCUGACAAGACGUUCCAUAGCUUUGGAUACUCGGCCAGAGACUUCUACCAUGACCUGGACCCUGAGGAGGCACGCGACUGGCUCUACUUCGAGAAAUUCAAGAUGAAGAUUCACAGCACCAGUGAUCUCACAAUGAAAACAGAACUGGAAGCCUUGAAUGGGAAGAAGGUUCAAGCACUGGAGGUGUUUGCACACGCCCUGAGGUUCUUCAAGGAACAUGCAGUACAUGAACUCAAGGAACAAUGUCCAUCUCUUGAUGAGAAUGAAAGCAUCCGCUGGGUGAUAACUGUACCCGCCAUAUGGAAGCAGCCAGCAAAGCAAUUCAUGAGAGAAGCAGCAUACUUGGCCGGUCUGGUCUCUCCAGAAUACCCGGAGCAGCUCCUCAUUGCUUUGGAGCCAGAAGCAGCCUCCAUCUACUGCAGGAAACUUCGUCUUCACCAGCUCAUUGACCUCAGCAGCGCCACUUUCUUCAAUGGUUUCCCCACUGAGCGGUGUCGGUCCAUUGACUCCAGCUUCAGGCAAGCGAGAGAGCAGCUGCGGAGAUCCCGGCACAGCCGCACGUUCCUGGUGGAGACGGGGAUGGGGGAGCUGUGGUCAGAGAUGCAUGCAGGCGAUCGGUAUAUUGUGGCCGACUGCGGAGGAGGAACAGUGGAUCUCACUGUCCAUCAGAUAGAGCAGCUAGAGGGAACCCUAAAGGAACUAUACAAAGCAUCAGGGGGUCCCUAUGGAGCUGUCGGGGUGGACCUUGCCUUUGAGAAGAUGUUGUGUAAGAUAUUCGGUGAAGACUUUAUCCAGAUCUUUAAGGUGAAGCGUCCGGCGGCCUGGGUGGAUCUAAUGAUUGCAUUCGAAGCACGGAAAAGAACGGCGGCUCCACAGAGGUCCAACCACCUGAAUAUCUCCCUCCCGUUCUCCUUUAUAGACUUCUACAAGAGACACACCCGGCAGAAUGUGGAGACCGCCCUACGAAAGUGCAGUGUGAACUUUGUGAAAUGGUCGUCGCAGGGGAUGCUGCGUAUGUCAUCUGAAGCCAUGAACGAGCUCUUCCAGCCCACCAUCCAGCAGAUCGUCCAGCACAUAGGCGAUCUCAUUAAUAAACCCGAGGUUGAAGGCAUCAAGUACCUCUUUCUGGUGGGCGGUUUUGCAGAGUCUCCCAUGUUGCAAAACGCAGUUCAGACGGCAUUCAGUGAAGUGUGUAGGGUUAUCAUCCCUCAAGAUGUCGGUUUGACGAUCCUCAAAGGAGCUGUUUUGUUUGGCCUUGACCCGACCAUUGUGAGAGUUCGUCGCUCACCCCUUACUUACGGGGUUGGUGUCCUGAACAAGUUUGUGGAAGGCAAACACCCGAAAGAGAAGCUUCUCGUGAAGGAAGGCAAGAACUGGUGCACCGACAUCUUCGACAAGUUUGUGUCCGUGGACCAGUCUGUAGCCCUUGGAGACAUUGUGCAGAGGAGCUACUGCCCAGCCCGACUCGGCCAACGCAAAAUCAUCAUCAACAUUUAUUGUUCAUCCAGCGAUGACGUGGUGUACAUCACCGAUCCUGGGGUCAGGAAGUGUGGCACCAUUAACCUGGACCUGCCCGACAUCGAUGAGGCCAAUGGCAAGAUCCUUCGUAGGGAGAUUAAGGCCAGCAUGCAGUUUGGAGACACAGAAAUCAAAGUCACGGCCAUGGAUGUCAAGACUUCUAAGACUGUCCGUGCUGCCAUUGACUUUCUCUCCAACUAAUCAAAGAUCUCAUGUGGGCGUGAACAAAUAGCACUUGACUAUGAUUGGAAUUACCAUUCUAACAGAAAAGAAAUAUGGGAGCAUGUCAAGAGUGCACCAGAUCUUUAAAGCACAUUCCAAAAAGGUUUUGGAGCCGGGUUAUAGGGACCUUUACUGAGGAAAGGCGUGCCCCAAAAUUACUCUUUAUAACUCUAACCAAAUAUCUUUCAUUUCAGAAAUCUAUGGACUAAUCCAUGUUCAUCUGAAAACAGUUCUUUCGACUUCUAGGCGAUGAACACCGGAACAGAUAUUGGUUGGGUGCAAAGCUUUAGGUUCUCAAAAUUAUUUAUUUACUUAAACAUAUAUACAGAGCCCCGCAAAAAUGGAAACCAAUGGUCAGUUGUUGAUGGACCUGUUGAUCUCUGACUUGUUAUUGUUACCUGUCAAAAUGGGACAAUCCAGUGAAUGAAAGCAGAGUAUCUAAUCCACGCAUCUUCCUUCUGUAUGAUCUCACUAGUUAUUUUGCAUAUUUAACCCCAUCUCUUACCUUUGGAAGUGAUCAUGAAGGCCAGGCAUCGACACACGCACUUAUGUAGACACAAACCUGAUAACCACAAUCGAUUGUCUCAAUACCCUCAAUGACCUUACCUACCAUAACGAUUGGAUUCUUGGACAAGUUUUGACAUUUCUCAUUGGCUCAGGCUUCAGUGAUGGAUUGAGGAACAUUUUCCAAUAACAUAUAUUGAUUUUUAUUGAUCGGUUCUUUCACAGUCCAGUCACAUAUAGGUCAACACUUUUCAUAUAAACCCAAGAUUAAAGGGGUACUCUGGUGAAAACCUUUUUUCUUUUAAAUCAACUG